UCACUUAACAAUUCAAUACAAGCUUUACUUGGUUUUAAUUACACUUGAUCAUUUGUAGAGAAAAUUAAGGCAAAAUGAGUGAUAAUGAGCAACAAAAGAUUCAAAAUGAAAGUGAUGAUUAUCCUCAAAAACCUCCUUUACCAUCCUCUAAUGAUCCAAGGAAAUAUCCAUCAUCACCUAGAAGAAGUCCAGCCAAAACUUUGUGCACUUUCUUGUUAAUUUUAAUCUUCUUGGCUGGCCUUGUUGUGCUCAUAUUAUGGCUAGUUUAUAGACCACACAAGCCAAAUUUCAGUCUAGUUGGUGCUGCCAUCUAUGAUUUAAAUGUUACAUCACCUCCUUAUAUGUCAAGUACCAUGCAAUUCACAGUGUUGGCAAGAAAUCCAAAUAGGAGAGUUAGAUUGGAUUAUGACCAAUUUUCAGCUCUUGUUUACUACAAGGGUCAAGCAAUUACACCUCCAGUAGUGCUUCCACCUUUAUUUCAGAAAACAAAAAGCACGAUUAUAUUAUCGCCAUUAAUAAGAGGUGCAUCGGUACCUGUGUCGGUGGAAGUAGCAAAUGGAUUACUCAUAGAUGAAGUUUAUGGAGUUGUGGCAUUAAGACUAGUACUUAUGGGGAAAAUGAGAUAUAAAACUGGAAUUGUAAAGACUAAACACUAUGGAGUUUAUGUCAAGUGUGACAUGUUGGUUGGGUACAAAAAAGGGUUUAUGGGUCAAGUACCUUUACUUGGUUCUCCAGAUUGUCAAGCUGAUUUAUGAUUUUUUUAUUUUUUUUGAGAAUAAAAGACAAAGUGUGUACUAUGAAUAUGGAGAAUUGUUUCUUCUAAGACCAACAAUUACAAUGUUAUAAAUAUAAUUGUAUGUUAAAAUUU